AAGUUAGCGGAACGCUCAACGCACUCAGCUCAGUUGUUUCUCAGCGGUCGUGCGGAGCGUACGCGUAACUUGUUCAUUCCAUAACUUUUCGUAACUUCGCCAUGACAUUACGCUGCGUACUUGUGGUGCUGGCACUAGCCGGAGCCACGUUUGCUGGGACCGAGGUCACCGAACUUAAGGUCGACGUAGUCAGCGUACCCGAAGGCUGCACUGUAAAAUCUAAACAUGGUGACAUGCUCACGAUGCACUACACCGGCACCCUCGACGACGGCCACAAGUUCGACUCUAGCUACGACCGCGACCAGCCCUUCACUUUCCAGAUCGGCGUCGGCCAAGUCAUCAAGGGCUGGGACCAAGGACUUCUCGACAUGUGCGUCGGUGAGAAACGUAAACUCACGAUUCCAUCAUCCCUCGGCUACGGUGAACGUGGGGCCGGCAACGUGAUCCCUCCCCAUGCCACACUCCACUUCGACGUGGAGCUGAUCAACAUCGGUGACUCUCCACCGACCACCAACGUGUUCAAAGAAAUUGACUCCGACAAGGACAACAUGCUGUCCAGAGAGGAAGUGAGUGACUAUCUCAAGAAGCAAAUGGUCCCCGCCGACGGCGCGGAAAUGAGCGAAGACAUCAAACAGAUGCUGGAGAGUCACGACAAGCUCGUUGAAGAAAUCUUCCAGCACGAGGACAAGGACAAGAACGGCUUCAUUAGCCACGAAGAGUUCUCCGGACCGAAACACGACGAGCUCUAAAUUAAUUAUAAUUAAACCGCAAACAAACGCUCCUGAGCACAAUCUAAUAUUAAAACAAUAUUAGAUUUUUACACACACUUUUAUUAUCAAUUCGACUCAUUGUCAACACUCUAUAUACUUUGAUUAAUCUUUAACAAAUUUCUUGACUUACAAAUAUGUACUUACAUUCAAAUAAUUUCCAAUGACCCUCAAAGGGCCCUCUACCUGUGCUGAGUACAUUUAUGAUAAUGUGAAGACGGCCUUUAAGACUAACGAGAGCUCCUAGUGUUCUUAUACUCAUACAAAGUAUACAAUAUCUUGUCCGUUCGUUUCCAAUGUUCACGGCUCACACACCUCUUUGUAGUAUAUAUUGGCGCGCACGAGUUACUUUUCUGUUGAGUUUAAUGUACUUAGUAUAUUUAAGUAGUUGACAAGUCGAUGAGUUUGUUGUAACAUUAAGAUAGGUACAAAAUAUGUAAUAAAAUUUUAUAUAAACAAAAACAUUUGAGCGAAUGUUACUUGAUAUUAAUAUAUAAACGGUUUCUUGACAUUACACUGAGAUGAUAUAUUUAUAUAUUUUUAUGUCGGUUUUUUAUGUCUUAUUUUUGUUAUUAAUUAUUUAUUAAUGUCAAUUUAAUCUUUUUUUGCGUCUGCAAAUGAUAUUGUGCGUCGCCUUUUUCUUAAGAUCUUCAGUCCAAGAAACAAAUCAGUAUCCUAGAUACUGCUCCUGUGGAUUUUUAUUGUCAUGACUAUAGUUCAAUAUAUUUUAUUUACAUCGAUCGUCACAAUUUUCAUUUUCAAGUCGAAAAUGUUUGACAAUUCCUAAUGUUAUACAUGGCUGCUGGGACACGAGCUACGCAGUAGAAAGCUAAGCAUAAUUAUUGAAAAUAGAAAGGAAUGUUUAGGUUACUAUUCCUCACUUGUUCAAAUAAAAUAUACUUACCAGGUAAA